UCCGCGAGAAGGUGGCGGGAGAAGAUGGCGGUGCUGUACCCCCUUUUGCAGUUUUAUAAAUAGGUUAGGCGAGGAACUAUUUGGGGUAUGGCGUCAAACUCAACUAAGUCUUUCCUGGCAGAUGCUGGCUAUGGCGAACAGGAACUGGAUGCUAACUCUGCCCUAAUGGAAUUAGACAAAGGUCUAAGAUCUGGCAAACUUGGUGAACAAUGUGAAGCAGUUGUUCGCUUUCCCAGGCUCUUUCAGAAGUAUCCAUUCCCUAUUCUCAUCAAUUCUGCAUUCCUAAAGUUAGCUGAUGUUUUCAGAGUUGGGAACAAUUUCCUGCGGCUAUGUGUUCUUAAAGUUACCCAGCAAAGUGAGAAACAUUUGGAGAAGAUUCUAAAUGUGGAUGAAUUUGUGAAGAGAAUUUUCUCUGUGAUUCAUAGUAAUGAUCCUGUGGCAAGAGCCAUCACUCUCCGGAUGUUGGGAAGUCUGGCAUCAAUAAUUCCUGAAAGGAAGAAUGCUCAUCACAGUAUUCGUCAAAGUCUGGAUUCACAUGAUAAUGUAGAAGUUGAAGCUGCUGUUUUUGCUGCUGCAAACUUCUCAGCACAGUCUAAGGAUUUUGCAGUGGGAAUCUGCAACAAAAUCAGUGAAAUGAUUCAAGGUUUAGCCACACCAGUAGACUUGAAGCUGAAGUUGAUCCCCAUCCUCCAGCACAUGCACCAUGAUGCAAUCCUGGCUUCCAGUGCUCGUCAGCUUUUACAACAGCUAGUCGCAUCCUAUCCUUCCACCAAAAUGGUGAUUGUUUCUCUGCAUACUUUUACUCUGCUUUCAGCUUCAUCUUUGGUGGAUACACCUAAGCAGAUCCAGCUUCUAUUGCAGUACUUGAAGAAUGACCCAAGGAAAGCAAUAAAGAGACUUUCUAUUCAAGAUCUGAAAUUACUUGCUAUUAAAACACCACAUACUUGGAGUAGAGAAAACAUUCAGGCACUCUGUGAAUGUGCCCUCCAGACUCCUUAUGACAGCUUAAAACUAGGGAUGUUGUCUGUCCUUUCCACAUUGUCAGCGACCAUUGCCAUCAAACAUUAUUUCAACAUAGCUCCAGGAAAUGUGGGUUCUUCCCCCAGGUCAUCUGAUUUAGUCAAGUUAGCCCAGGAGUGCUGUUACCAUAAUAACAGAGGCAUUGCAGCUCAUGGAGUGAGAGUCCUAACUAAUAUAACUGUCUCUUGUCAAGAAAAAGACCUUUUGGCCCUGGAACAGGAUGCUGUGUUUGGUUUGGAAUCCCUUCUGGUACUUUGUAGUCAAGAUAAUAGUCCAGGUGCUCAAGCCACUUUAAAGAUUGCUCUAAAUUGUAUGGUGAAGCUGGCCAAGGGCAGGCCCCAUCUUAGCCAGUCAGUGGUUGAGACCUUGUUGACUCAGGUGCACAGUGCCCAGGAUGCUGCCCGGAUCUUGAUGUGCCAUUGCCUGGCAGCCAUUGCCAUGCAGCUGCCAGUGCUGGGUGAUGGAAUGCUUGGUGACCUCAUGGAGCUCUACAAAGUGAUUGGACGAUCAGCCACAGACAAGCAGCAAGAACUUCUGGUGAGUUUGGCUACUGUGAUUUUUGUAGCCAGUCAGAAAGCGUUAUCUGCUGAAGUAAAAGCAGUAAUUAAACAGCAGCUUGAAAGUGUCUCUAAUGGAUGGACUGUAUACCGGAUUGCCAGACAGGCAUCCAGAAUGGGUAAUCAUGACAUGGCCAGAGAGCUUUAUCAGAGUUUGCUGACUCAGGUUGCCUCAGAACACUUCUACUUCUGGCUGAAUAGUUUGAAGGAGUUCUCACAGGCAGAACAAUGUCUCACUGGAUUGCAAGAGGAGAAUUAUAGUUCAGCACUUUCUUGCAUUGCUGAGUCUUUAAAAUUCUACCACAAAGGGAUUGCUUCCUUAACAGCUGCCAGUACACCACUGAAUCCUUUAAGUUUUCAGUGUGAAUUUGUAAAACUCAGGAUUGACCUUCUGCAAGCCUUCUCUCAACUUAUCUGUACUUGUAAUAGCCUAAAGACAAGUCCCCCACCUGCAAUUGCCACAACAAUUGCCAUGACCUUAGGAAAUGACCUUCAGAGAUGUGGUCGCAUCUCCAAUCAGAUGAAACAGUCAAUGGAAGAAUUUCGAGGCCUUGCAUCCCGAUAUGGGGAUCUUUAUCAGGCAUCUUUUGAUGCUGAUUCAGCAACUUUGAGGAAUGUAGAACUACAGCAGCAGAGCUGUUUACUGAUAUCUCACACAAUUGAAGCCCUAAUUUUGGAUCCAGAAACAGCAAGUUUCCAGGAAUACGGAUCUACUGGAGCAGCCCAUGCUGAUAGUGAAUAUGAGAGAAGAAUGAUGUCUGUAUAUAAUCACGUUUUGGAGGAGGUGGAAUCACUCAGUCGGAAAUAUACCCCCGUUUCUUACAUGCACACAGCAUGCCUCUGCAAUGCCAUCAUUGCUUUGCUGAAAGUUCCUAUUUCAUUUCAAAGAUAUUUUUUCCAGAAACUGCAGUCUACCAGCAUUAAGCUUGCUCUGUCACCAUCCCCCCGGAACCCUGCAGAGCCUAUCGCUGUCCAGAAUAACCAGCAGCUGACGUUAAAGGUAGAGGGAGUAGUUCAGCAUGGAUCUAAACCAGGACUCUUCCGUAAAAUUCAGUCUGUCUGUCUGAAUGUUUCUUCCACACUACAAAGUAAAUCUGGACAAGACUACAAGAUACCUAUUGACAAUAUGACCAAUGAGAUGGAGCAGAGGGUUGAGCCUCAUAAUGAUUACUUCAGUACUCAAUUUUUGUUGAAUUUUGCUAUCCUUGGAACACACAACAUUACAGUGGAAUCUUCAGUGAAAGAUGCCAAUGGUAUCAUGUGGAAGACUGGUCCCAGAACUACAAUAUUUGUAAAAUCCCUGGAAGACCCUUACUCCCAGCAAAUUCGCCUACAACAGCAGCAAGCCCAACAACCCUUACAACAGCAGCAGCAACGAAAUGCCUACACACGGUUUUAACCAUGCAAUGAAUACACUAUUGACUUUAAAGGGACUGAUCAAAUUGGCAAAAAUAAUUUGCUUUUUUUAUGAGUUAAGAUAUGAACAUUAUAUGGAGCUUACUUAUUCAUUGAUUUCUAUAAUGUAAUGUUCUGGAAAAUUAUUUUUUACUUAUAAGCUUUUGAGAAUUGGGUUCCAAGCCAGAAAGAUUUUUUCUUCAUCCUUAAACCAAGUCUUUUACCUCAUUUUAACAUUUUCAGUGUUUUGUUGGUUUGUUUUAACUGUUGCUGGGCUUUUUCUUUCAAAAAUGUAGUUACAUAUUUGGAUCUUUGAAUUAGUAAAUCUGAUUACUUCUCUACCAAAAUACAUCCUUUGCUGCCUGACACAGAGCUGAAAUUCUGAGCUUGGCAACAGGAAGUUCUGAUUAGUAGGUGUGAGAUUUACUCCUAGUGGUAAAAACUAAGACCUUCCGUCAGUGGACUUGAAAGCAUCCCUUUAAAAUAUCCAGUUUUCUCCUUUAUGAGAGCAUGCAAUCUAGCAGGUUUGAAAUAGCCUAUUGGAUUAUUUCAACUAUUUACCUAUCGCCUCCUGUGCUAAAGCAAUCUUAAUUUAUUGUUCUAGUGUUUAAUUGUCCCAAAGAGCAGCUAGCAAUUACAUAGAAAGAUUAGAGGUUAGUGAUAUCUUUGUUUUUUCUAUUAUGUAUGAGGCUGUGUAUAAUACAGACUUUUUGCAUUGUUUCUAAAAGUGAAAAAAAUCACUCACAUUUAAUAUCUUAAUGUUUUAAGUUUCAGGUGAAGAAAUGAUCUUUUCCUUUGAUUUGGUUUAGUUUUCUGCUUGAUGAGUUGUGUAAUAUUGGACUUGAUUGUCUAGUAAAAACAAUCUACUUUAUAACACAACCUCAAUUAGUUGGGAUGCUCAGGGAAUAGAGUUUUCUGGUUAACCAGAAAACUCCUUUUUAUCAAUUUCAAUACUGGCUGUAAACCAUUAUAAAGUAUAAAAAUAUACUUGCUUGUUUUAACACAGUAUACUAGGUAUAAUUUAACCUUUCUUUUCUUAAUUUGGGAUCAUUUAAUGCUUUAGAGUCAUGAUUUCUAAGUAUCAGGGAUCAUAGGCUUGCAGAGAUUGAUAAUCCAGGCAAUUAGGCUGCAUCCUAAAAGGAAGUAAGGCACAGUCCCUGGAAGUUUCUUUUUUAAAUGAAUGUCUCAACUUAUUUUGCUUGUGUUUUUCUCUUCAAAGUUGAUGCUGAUUCAAAGGAGGAUAGGGUUUAAAAGAAAAUGAGUGCCUUUCUUCUCAUCACGUGUCCUCUAGGAGUGAGAAGUAAUUGGAAACUCAGGUUCCUCCAAGAUCACUUGGCUUUAUGAGCUACUGACUCAGUGCAACACACUUUACUGCCAAUGGCCAGAACAUUGUCAUAAAUCCUGUGUAAAUCUC